CGCUUGGCCCCAAGCCAUGCUGUCGGCCGGUCGGCCCAUGACGCCAGUACCAGCUAUUUCAAGGUCUUGUUGCAUGUAGCGGUUCAGAGUAUGUCACGAUAAGCCGAGGAGAACCGCAGACAAGACGUAUAAAGGUUCAUUGAGACACCACCGUCGCAGCUUGAACAUCCUUUCACUCCCAUCCUCCACACAAUGUCCAUACAGACCCUUGCCCUGGCCGCCAUCGCGGUGACAUACUUCAUUGUCCGCUACCUCAACCGCACCGACACCCCCAAGAUCAAGGGCUUGCCUGAGAUCCCAGGCGUACCUAUAUUCGGCAACCUCCUGCAAUUAGGAGAUCAACAUGCUACAGUGACUCGAAAAUGGGCGAAGAGAUACGGUCCGGUCUUCCAGGUUCGGAUGGGUAAUCGGCGCAUCGUCUUCGCCAACAGCUUCGAUUCUGUCCGCCAAUUGUGGAUCAAAGACCAAUCCGCUCUGAUCUCGCGCCCGACCUUUCACACCUUCCACAGCGUCGUGUCCAGCUCCCAGGGCUUCACGAUCGGUACCUCCCCCUGGGACGAGUCCUGCAAGCGUCGACGCAAGGCGGCCGCCACCGCCUUGAACCGCCCCGCCGUGCAAUCUUACAUGCCAAUCAUCGACCUCGAGGCCACCGCCAGUAUCAAGGAGUUGUUCGAGGACAGCAACGACGGCACCAAGGACAUUAACCCGGUCGCAUACUUUCAGCGUUUCGCGCUCAACACCAGCUUGACUCUGAACUACGGGUUCCGCAUCAGCGGCAAUGUGGACAAUGAAUUGCUGCAUGAGAUCUGCGACGUCGAGCGCGGGGUCUCCAACUUCCGAAGUACCAGCAACAACUGGCAGGACUAUAUCCCACUACUCCGUCUGUUUCCCAAGAUGAACACCGAGGCAGAGUCGUUCCGGGUGCGCCGCGAUAAGUAUUUGACGUAUUUGUUGGAUAUUCUCAAGGAUCAGAUUGCCAAGGGGACGGACAAGCCGUGCAUUACGGGUAAUAUCCUGAAGGAUCCGGAGGCCAAAUUGAAUGAAGCUGAGGUCAAAUCAAUCUGUCUGACCAUGGUCUCCGCCGGUCUGGACACCGUGCCGGGGAAUGUCAUCAUGGGUAUCGCCUACCUCGCUUCUGAAGACGGUCAGCGUGUCCAGCAGACGGCCUACGAGGAAAUCAUGAAAGUGUAUCCCGACGGCGACGCCUGGGAGAAGUGUCUUAUGGAAGAGAAAGUGCCCUAUGUGACGGCAUUGGUCAAGGAGACCCUCCGCUUCUGGACCGUCAUUCCCAUCUGCUUGCCCCGUGAAAGCACCAAGGAUAUUGUCUACAACGGCGCGACCAUUCCCGCGGGGACCACCUUCUUCAUGAAUGCGUACGCAGCCGACUACGAUGAAGAGCACUUCGACAAGCCUGAGCAGUUCCUACCUGAGCGGUAUCUGGAAGUCGGCGAGGGAACCGGUACUCCUCACUACGGCUACGGUGCUGGGUCGCGCAUGUGCGCUGGGUCGCAUUUGGCUAACCGUGAGCUCUACACGGCAUACAUCCGGUUGAUCACAGCGUUCAAGAUGCAGCCUGCGAAAAACCCGUCGGACCGCCCUAUCUUGGAUGCGAUCCAGUGCAAUGCUAUUCCUACGGCUUUGACGACGGAGCCCAAGCCCUUUAAGGUGGGCUUCAAGCCGAGAGAUCCCGAGAAGCUGAAGCAGUGGAUCAAGGAUAGUGACGAGCGAACUAAGGAUCUUUGAGCGCUAUUUUGAGUAGAGUAUCGAUUUGAUGAUUAGACAUGUUUGAAUAGCUGCGCUUGGGAAAAUUUAUGAGUCUUGCAGAAGAAAGCGCUACUUCUCCCUUUGUACUUCAGAAAAUCAGAAUCCCAC